AAGCAACCUCUGGCAAUGAGCAGUGAAGGGGUCGUAGAGAAUCCCAAAUUUCAGCGACUUAUUAAUGUAAGGGAACGGCUCCAGUGUAUAGGUUGCGACCCCUCGAGACAUUUUUCGACAAUGGCAGACAUCGAAUACGCCGAGCUGUCCACCACCUUCCCCGACCUGGUGGUGUUCGACGUGAGGAACCGCUACGAGCUGGAGGAGAAGGGCCAGAUCCUCGGCUCCCACUGCGUGCCGUUCGUGGAGUUGGAGAGCGCGAUGGGGAUGGCUGAAGAUGCAUUCGAGGCUAAAUACGGUCUGAAGAAGCCCACAAAAACCACGCCCAUCGUAACCCACUGCACGAAGGGUGGGCGUGCAAGGAAGGCGGGGGAUCUUCUCAAAUCGAUGGGUUACAAUGCCAGGGUAUAUGCUGGUUCCUUUAACGACUGGAAAGCCAACGGCGGCCCUGUACUUAACCCAGGAAAACCCUUUGCGCCUCUGAAUUAAGAGGAGAAUGUCUUAGAUCUUGGACUUUGCCUCUUGUAAGGAAUUGUAUGUUUGUCUUUUAUUCACAUUUUUACUUGGUGUCUUCUGGGUAAAAAUGGCUCAGUAUUGUGACCUUUUUUUUUAGGAUGUAUAAAUGUUGAUGAUGGAAAAUAAACGCGAAGGAAUAUG